AUGGGUGUGAGUCGACUGGAUGUAUUUUACAGAAGGCUGCUCCUCAGCAAACUCUUCAUUGGGGGUUGGGGAAAGCCUGAAGAUCUCAAGAGAAUCUUUGAGUUCCGUAAGAUCAUUGCAGACCGGGAGAGGUGCAAGUCUCUGGUGCCCAAGGAUUAUCCAGUGUCUAUAAACAAGACAGAGGUGCACACAGAUUGUUACAUCCAUGACGGAGUCUUCAUUUCACCUCUGGAGCACUUCGUCCCAGGUAUCCUGCCAACAGAGGCUGUGAAAGCAAGGUUCCAGUUUAUAGUUCCUAAAAAGUGGCAAAGCAAUAGACCAGUAUGUAUUCACCUGGCUGGGACUGGAGACCAUUUUUUCUGGCGCCGAAGGACCUUGAUGGCGAGGCCGAUGGUCAAAGAAGCAGGAAUGGCUUCUCUGCUUUUGGAAAACCCCUAUUAUGGCUAUCGUAAACCUAAAGACCAGUUGAGGUCCUGUCUAAAAAAUGUUUCAGACCUGUUUGUGAUGGGUGGAGCUCUGAUCUUGGAGUCCUCUGUGCUUCUCCAUUGGCUGGAGAGUGAGGGGUACUCACCUGUUGGAAUGACCGGUAUCUCCAUGGGAGGAUAUAUGUCGUCCUUAGCAGUGACUAAUUGGCCGAAGCCCAUUCCCCUGAUUCCUUGCCUGUCAUGGUCCACUGCCUCAAGUGUCUUCACCACGGGCGUGCUGAGUAAAGCAGUGAAUUGGUCGGAGUUGGAGAAGCAAUAUGCCAUCAAUUCAGUGUAUGAAGAAGAGAUCAUUAAGCUGUUGGAGUAUUGUGGGACUGACUCCUUCAAGAUGGCUCAAGAGUUCGUAAAACACUCAUCGGGUAGAGUGAAUUCUUUGGAGCAGCUGCUAGACCAGCCAAGAGAACUAUCAGUGGGCUACUACUCCAGGGCAGGAGCAAAGGCAGAAAUUAGGCCUGGUCUGUGGAUUGGAGAAGAUGUAGCUGGAGACAAACUUGACAAAUUAUUAGAAGAUGACAACACCAAGACAAGUUUAGAGCCUUUACCAAGUGGCUUCCAAGGAAGGAAAUCACUGAUUGGGAAGAAGGCAAAUUCAGAUCAAAUUUGUCGUCCAUCAUUACACAGCGAGUCCAUAAGUUUCAUGAAGGGAGUGAUGGACGAGUGUACACACAUGGCCAAUUUUUCUGUCCCCGUUGACACCAGUCUUAUCAUCGUGGUGCAGGCCAAAGAGGACGCCUAUAUCCCUCGCACAGGGGUUCUUAGCCUGCAGGAGAUCUGGCCUGGAUGUGAAGUUCGAUAUUUGAAUGGAGGACACAUCAGUGCUUAUCUGUUUAAACAGAACGUCUUCAGACAGGCCAUCUAUGAUGCAUUCAACAGAUUCUGCCUGAAGUAUCCCCACCUUCUGUAG